AUGGAUUCCAUGGAGAACGUAGCCGCAUUCAGUCCAGUUACGGAGGACGAGAGUAAAGAACAGAAUGAGAACGAAGUAGAUAGUUCUGCCUCUUCCACCACCGCUCCUGAAUACACCACUAUCUCUCCCUAUGCUUCUUCUGAUGAGCCCAGCUCUACCACACCAGCAACCACCCUGGAGGAGUUACAAAAAGGUAUAACCGAUAGCAUGAGCGAUUCUUCUACUGCACCCUCUUCUGUCCCAAGCAUGUCCACCACCGAUUCUGUUGCCACCGAAUCUGUUGCUUCUGUUGAUCUUUCCACUAUCAUUUCAGCAGGUGCAUAUUCCACUGAGAAUGUGAGCACUAGCACUGAAUCUAGCACCCCAGAAAUAGAUCCUUAUGGUAGCACUACAUCUGAGGAGACUGGAGCUACAGAUGCAGGUGUGGAAGUGACCAGCGAGGAGCCUGUGACUGAAAAUUCGACAGAUCCUAGCACAGAAGCAUCGACUGCAUCAGCAUACAUAGCUGAAGCUGCUAUAGCAGUAAAAAAGCAGAUUCCAGAUAUUUCCAAUGUCGAUUUCAACACAGACGAUCAAAACAACCGAGAGUAUCAAGUAGACAAGAAAAUUGACAGAUCACAGUCAUCACUUGCACAGAAUGAGCGACGUGAGCCGGUACCACUCGAACCCACAGGAAUCGGUCGUAACAUGGAGAAGCUGGACAUUGAUGGUCUUGGUAAGUUUUUUGAAAUCACUUGAAU